CAUAUCACACAUAUUUUCUUUUGGCGGAGAUUAUUAAGAGUUUUGUUGGUAGAGAUUAUCUUACACAUUAAUAUACAUUCAGUCUCUUCUAGUAAUACUCACACGAUAACUCCAUACAAAUUACAACCUCUCUCUCUAAGCUUCAAAGAAACUCACUCUCCCAUGGCGACUUCUUUCACGCCACUAUCCAUUUCAGUUGGUGGAUCUCAUCUCAAGUCAUCUGAGCUGUUUUUAGCUAAGCGUAAUUCAUCUCUGGUUGGACCUAACCUUGCUGUUCAAAGGAAGUCAAACAUUGUGAGCAGAAAGAACCUCAUUUCACCACUUCGUGCAGAAUACCGUGAUAACAGAGGAGGUGGAGGUGGAGGUGGGGAAUUGCUUACUGGCUUUCUUCUGGGUGGUGCUAUUUUUGGAACCCUGGCUUAUGUUUUUGCUCCCCAGAUCAGAAGAACUUGGCUAAAUGAAAAUGAACAUGGGUUUCAGAAGGCCAGAAGACCAAUAUAUUAUGACGAAGGGACAAGACCAAUGCUUUAUGACGAAGGGCUAGAGAUAACCAAGGAGGUCUUGAAUGAAAAAAUAGGCCAGCUAAACUCAGCCAUUGAUAAUAUAUAUUCACGUCUGAGAGGCAACAACAAUAAAGUGCCUGUCCCUAAAGAAAGUGAUCCUGAAAUUGAAGCGAUAUAAUUAUCAAACUAGCUGUAACCUGUUUAUUUUCUUACGACUGGAAUCAGGCUACUGUUUAGCCCCUUUGUUACUUGGAUUUCACUUACAAGAAACCUGACUUCUACUUCUAUUGAAUAAUUUUGAUAUACUUUUAAAAUUUAUUCUCCAGUUAAAGAGUUUAAGGUGCAAAAUAGAUUUACAUAUGGGAAUCUAUCAUCUUGCCAUGUAGGUAUAUUUUGUAAUUGUCUUUUAAAAAUAAAUGCAGACAUAUUUUGUUUGUUUUUA